AUGGCGCUGCUGCACGGGGGCCUCGCUCAGCGGAUGCGUGAUGCCAAGAAGAUCAAGGAGUUGGCAUCAGGUCCUGUCGUGGCCGAGCACACGCUAAAGCAGAUUGAUCGGGCGGCGGACCUGCGGGCCAGGAAGCAACCGAAAGUGAAAAAGCGGGGCCAGCACAAGUGUUGGUUGCCCACUGCGUCGCUCAGAUGCUGUUUCGGCCACGUGGUCCGCAGGGGCGGGCAGCGCGGCAGUCGGCGAGUCACUUAUCUUGCGAUGUCAGGUCAUUCUGUCAGCGACGUGUUCGAGGGUGGCCACGCCCAUAUCCAGAAUACCAUGGACGCUGGAGCUCUUGCAGUGUGGAGGUUGCAACAGGAGCGCAUGAGGAGCCUCCCUUUCGCACAGUUGUGCAUCAUCAAGAUCACGUUCGACGAGACCGAGACGGUCGUGAGCAUGCGGGGUUCUGGUCAGUCCGUACGUUCUCUCUUCAUGCUUCACGGCGAGGUGCGCAGCUUCGAGAGGAUGGACGGCCCUGGAGUGCGCCAUCAGUUGAUGCUUCCUCCGGCGGUGCUGUCCAACACCAAGACCGAGUGUUUCUGGAACGCCAUCAUGAGUCGAUUGCCUGACACUCUCGCCGAUAUCAAGCGUCGGUGCAAGUGCAUGGCUAUAGUUAUUGGGAGUGAUUCUGCAAAAUCGUGCAUCAAGUUGGGGAAAGUAUUCAAAGGGCGCACUGCUCUUACCGCUGGCUUGGACGGUUGCGUAUCUGUGUGGGCCCCGUGCCUCAUGCACAUGGCCGCCUUGUGCGUGUUCUUCGCCAUGAAGGUUCACGGCGUGCUCGUCCCGCUGUUCUGCGCGUGCGUGCUGAUGCGCCAGAGCAAAGUUUUCCCCGCCUUCGUGGUCCGGGCGGAGCUUCAAAUCGAGAAGAUGGAGAUCGUUUUCGAGGAGCCCGAUGGAGUUGAGGUGACCCAUCGCUACCUGGUUUCGUUGUUCGCUUUCCUUGAGCAAACGCGGAGCACUGCCCUGGACGAGGACGCUGGGCCGCACGUUCGCUCCCGCAGGCAAGCUGCCGCUCGCUUGUCAACAUCCUUGAGCGCCUCCCUCGUCGAGAAUGGGAAGAUCACCAAGUUGCGUCAUUAUUGCACUUACGGCUGUUGCUCGUCUGAGGCUGAAGCAGUGGAAAAAGUGAAAGCAGAUUUCAAGCUUGUCUUGUUUGGCGUGCCCCCCGAUGUGCCCGCUUGCAACCGAUGGGCGAAAGUGUAUCCGCCUCUCUGCUAUUGGAUGGUGUUGAUGGCGUUUCCCUUCACGGACCCGGCCCUCCACGAGGUGGCGCAGGUGAAGUGCGACUUGAGCGAGGCGGCCGUGUUCAACGACGCGGACGAGGUGGGCUUGGGCGAGGAGGACACCUGGCAUAAGCGCUUCCGGGCGCGCUUCAGGAGGGUAUUGCUGUGGGUGCGCACCGAGACCAUGCAGAGGACGCUCGCUGUCUUGACGACGGCGCUGCGGAACAUGAUUGAUUUGUUCGGCGUGUUUUUUUCGGAGGCGAAGUUCAGCAGUGAAGGUCGGCACAGUGCUUUCGCGUUCUGUUGCCCAUCGAAGUCUCCAGCGGUGCGGUGCCUGGGGCGGUAUUUCAACGACAUGGCUGAUAUGGGCGCCUCGUGCUGGCGACCAGUCGCAGGCGCUGGCGGUUGGGGGCCCAAAUCUCUUUACGAGGCUGGCACCACGAACAUCAUUCUGGUAUGCAACCUGUGGCAGCGGGCCGUGAGGCCGUUCGAUGUCUGGCCGUGGCGGCUCGGCGUCAUCGUCGAUGAAGCUGCGCCCGAAGCAAGGAAGAUGGAAGUCGCUCGGCAGCUUUUCGCUCUGAGGGAAUGUUGCGUCGAGUGCGGCAUAGCUUUGCACGUCCGCAGGGUCGCUCGCACAGAGGAGAGGCUCUUGGCCAGUGAGGAGAUCAAGGCCAUGAUCCGCGAGAUCCUCAAGGCUGCCCCUUCGAACAACAUCCAGAACGAGGACAGGUUCGCCCGCCGCAGAAACCACGCGGUCUCAGCCAGAGGCCACGCCUACGACGGCGCAAGCAUUGCCUCGCGGCACUCAUUGUCGGAGGCGACGGCGUGGCACAGCCGGGCCCACGACCAGUGUUGGAGUCAGCUGGUCAAGGAUAUGGAGCGGGCGAGGGCCGCGGCGCAAGCUGCGCGUGCCGGGGAGGAGGGCGACAAGUACCUGAGCGGAUGGAAUGCUUUCGUUGCUGCCAAUGCGAGGUCUGAAGGCCACCAGGCAGUGCGGGGGCUCAGGCAGAGGUGGAAUGGCCUCACUGCAGCCGAGAAAGCAGAAUGGAGCAACAAGAGGAAGGCGCCCUCGGUCAACGAGGCUGAGCCCGACCUCCAGCGCCUCCGCGAGAUGGUGCAGAGACUAACUCCUUGGAGCAUGGGGUCCGAGGACCAGGCUUUAUCGGAGGAGGAGGCCGCGCCGUUCUUCAAUUGCAUCAAGGCGAGGAGCCGGGAGUGGAGACAGCUGUUCGGCUCUGAGGUGCGGCCUACUGAGCAGCCUUUGCAUGUCGACAAUGACGUCCAGUGCUGCCAGGCGUUCGGCUUUGGCGUCUGCAAAAUGGAUUUGACAGCUGACGAGAAGAAGAAGUUCCAGUCGAACCUCGCCAUCUGCCACGCUCUCUGCCAGUUCGGGGGCAUGGCGUCCGAGCCUGGUGAGAUCAAGAACUUGCCGCUCUUUCAUUUGGUCCACGCAGAUGAUCCAGAACGAUCUGUCUUGGCGCUGUUGGGCGCGACCCUGCGCAAGCCAUUUGCCCAGGCUUAUUUGAAAUGCGAGAGAGCCCCAGGCGCCGUCGGUGAUAUCAUUGAUGAAGACCUCUCGGUAUCUCUUGGCGUUGCUGCUUUCCGCUCAGAGGUUGACGUCGCCAUGUUCAUGCUGCAGACAGGUGGUCGGUUAGCAAUCAAGUUAAUUUCGUAUGAGUUCACGACCCUCCGCGCCCUGUCAGUCCGGGGCGUUGUCGAUAUCACUGAGGCGGUUGCUGCGUGCGUGAGCUCUGUCGCCAGCGACUACGACUACAUUGUGAACAUGACCAAGAUGCUCAAGCAGAAGCAGUUCACCUCCAGCAAGCCGAAGAAGCCCAGCAAGGGCGGCGGGGGCGGAUCUGCAGCGAAGCCUGCGAAGGGCGCACCGCCCAAGGCUGGCGAGGCUGGUGGCGACGAUGAGUCGUCCGGGUCAGAGGGGGAGAUCCUGCCGCCCGAGGUCGACGACGUCCCGAGCUUCGUGGCCUACUGGGAGGUCAAGGGUGAGGUGGCAGACGCGCCCCCUGAGGUCCCCGAGGGGGGGCUGGAAGGGGGCGCCGAGGAGGAUGGUCUCCCGAAGGUCGUGGACGUUGGCCUCAAAGAUACAAUUGAAUUCCACGACCCAGCUGGAACGGAAGUCUACGGCCGCCAAUCCAUCCUUCACCCCGGCGAGCCAAAGGAGUCAAUUUCUUUUUAUUGCCGAUUGCACUCGCACAAGAUGUGCGUGACGUCUGCGAG